CAAAUUAUUUCUAAUGUGUGUGGGCAUUAAAUGGCCCUACCUUUAUAUAUAAAACGACACAGAAGUUUAAAAAAAUAUUAAGAUCCUUUCAAACUAUGUAGUGUACAGUACUUGAACUUAAACAAUUUUUUUAAAUAAAAAUACCAUGUCUUUAAUUUUAAAUGAUAUGAUGGGAGAAAAUGACGACGACAACAGCGAAUUAAGUGAACAUGGCAGAUUUUUAACCAAAGGCGCAUUUCUGUUGACACCUUCGCACGAUUUAAGUUUGGACAAGGCAGCGAACAUUUGCGACAAACUGAACUUCAGAGGCAGUUUCAGCUUGACGAAAACUGCAACCGGAAUUUUGUUCAAGUUUUCAGAACCCGAAGACUACCAACAGGUCUUUAGAAAAGGAUUUCAUAAGGUAACUGGUGGAAGAUUAUACAGAAAAGUGGCGAUCCCUUGCAGACCUCAACGCACAUACUCUCUUCUGGUGCACGAGGUACCAAAUGACCUCCCAGAAGAUGACAUCAGAGCUAGCCUCUACCGAUACAUGUCUGUGGUUGAGGUUACUAGGAUCCCGCCAAAAAUCGACCAGGCACCCGGAACACCAAACCCCAUAAGAGUUACCAUGGCCUCCCUUGACGAAUUUAACAAUUUACUACAGCAAGGACUUGACUUUUACGGAGCGACAUAUUUCCCAACAGAACCACUCAAAAAGGAGCUUCUGAGAGGAAGUAAGGAACGACUACUUCCGGUCUUCGAUUCUUCCGGUUUCUCGCGCCUUCCCCCGCCACCGAGCCGCACUUUGAAACCACGGUCCUAAAUUUGAACCUUGAGGUAUACCGGUGAUGAUAAAUACGAUUUUGGCUAUGAUUUUAGGAGUUCGAUUAUUUCUGCACUAAUUUUGACAAGGACUGUACAAAAAGCGAUGUUUUAGCACCUAGUUUCUAACCAAAUUUGACAGAAUAUAUGUUUAUUUAACCA